GUGAAGGGUAACGGCUGUGGGCAACUUUUGUUGUGUCCCGACUCGUUUCUGUCUGAAAUGAGCGGAAAGAAAAAGCGACUAAAACAGUAAUAAGGACGCUGACAUUAAAUUUCGACAAGCAGGACUUUUAAAGGAACCCUUUAGGACGCAGGAGUUGUGCCCGCACUUGCUUCAGAGCGACACUGAAGAGCCUACCACGUGUAAAACUGAACAAAAACAAAGCGCUUGCUUGCGCGAGACCUCGGGACUCUUUGUUGCCGACACUAUGUUCGUCACCAUCGGCGAUCGCGCUGUUGGGAAGGCAACGUGGUGACCUGGGGUUCUUGGGAUCCACCAGCACCUGCUGCGGCUCUUAUUUUCAAACUUUAUAUGACAGCCUACCAGGACCAUUGGCAGUAUUCUGGUUAGCAUGCGAGAUGAAGACCAGUCCUUUCAUGUCCGAUACAGGAUGGAGGCCUCCUGCCUGGAGCUGGCCCUGGAGGGCGAGCGGCUCUGCAAGGUGGGAGACUACCGUGCCGGUGUCUCCUUCUUUGAAGCAGCCAUCCAGGUUGGAACAGAGGACCUACAGGUCCUCAGUGCUAUUUACAGCCAGCUGGGCAAUGCAUACUUCCACCUGCAUGACUACACCAAGGCGUUGGAGUACCACCACCAUGACUUGACCCUUACCAGAACUAUUGGUGAUCGGCUAGGAGAAGCAAAGGCCAGUGGAAACCUGGGCAACACCCUGAAGGUGUUGGGGCGCUUUGACGAGGCGGUGGUUUGUUGCCAGCGGCAUCUGGACAUUGCUCGUGACCUUCAUGACAAGGUUGGGGAAGCCCGAGCGCUGUACAACUUUGGGAAUGUGUAUCACGCUAAGGGCAAGAGCAUCUGCUACAGUGGUGCUGAUCCGGGAGACUUCCCAGAGGAGGCCAUGGUAGCUUUGCGCAAGGCGGCAGAAUACUAUGAGGCAAAUUUGUUUAUCGUGAAGGAAAUAGAAGAUCGAGCUGCGCAGGGUCGAACGUAUGGAAAUCUCGGUAACACACACUACCUCUUGGGAAACUUCCGGAAUGCCGUCAUCUUUCAUGAACAGCGUCUUCUCAUAGCAAAAGAGUUUGGGGACAAAGCAGCAGAGAGACGAGCGUAUUGCAACCUGGGAAAUGCAUUCAUCUUCCUGGGUGAAUUUGAAGUGGCAGCUGAGCAUUACAAAAAGACCCUGCAAUUGGCUCGACAGCUGAAGGACCGGGCUGUGGAGGCGCAGGCUUGCUACAGCCUGGGCAACACCUACACCCUACUGCAGGACUAUGAGAGGGCCAUUGACUACCACCUCAAACACCUCAUCAUCGCACAGGACCUCAAUGACAGGAUUGGUGAGGGGCGAGCUUGCUGGAGUUUAGGCAAUGCCUACACAGCUCUGGGAAACCAUGACCAGGCCAUGCACUUUGCAGAAAAACAUCUAGAAAUCUCCAAGGAGACUGGUGAUCGUAGUGGUGAGCUCACAGCCCGGAUGAAUGUCUCAGACCUUCAGAUGGUCCUGGGUUUGACCUACAGCACCAACAGCUCUCUUCUGUCUGAGAACAAGGAGGCUGAUUAUAACCAUGAUGAAACACGGUCGAGAACAGGAAGGCGCCAUAGCAUGGAGAACCUGGAGCUGAUGAAACUAACACCUGACAAGCUCAAUGUACAUAAGUGGAACAGUGACAUCCUGACCAAACAAUCCAAACCCAUGCUGGCAAAGGCUUCCUCUAAGCUGUUCUUUGUCAACCGCUUCCGAAGCAAAAAGCACAAGAAUGGUUCUUCUACAAAGGUCCUCCAGGACACAAGCAACACCCCAGAGGAGCCUGAGGCAGAAGAUCAAGGCCCAGAGAAGAGAGCCAGUCCAGAUAUUCUAGGAGAUGAGGGCUUCUUCGACCUCCUCAGCCGGUUCCAGAGUAACCGCAUGGAUGAUCAGCGGUGCUCCAUACAGGGUGGCAGAAGCAGACUGUCUGCCCCCUCCAGCCCUACCUCUGCUCCCAUCAGGGGCAUGAAGAAAUCCCAGUCCCUGGGGGUGUCUGCACAGUGCGAGCAGCUCCUGGACCUGGUGGCCAGCUCGCAAAGUCGGCGUUUGGAUGACCAGCGGGCCAGUGGGGCCAGUUUCCCAGGCCUGCGCCUCAAUCAGCAGAACAGCCAGUCUGUCCUCAGCCACCUGAUGGCCAAUGCGGACAACACAGAGCCUGAUGAGGACUUCUUUGACAUGCUGGUCAAGUGCCAGGGCUCCCGCCUGGAUGAUCAGCGUUGUGCUCCCCCACCACCAGCUGCCAAGGGUCCCACUGUCCCCGAUGAGGACUUCUUUAGUCUGAUUAUGCGCUCUCAGGCCAAGCGUAUGGAUGAACAGCGGGUCACGCUGCCCUCUAGCUCCAGGGGGCCCCCUUCAAACUGAGCGGGACCUCCCUACUAUGAGAAUAUCCUUCAGCAGGACACUGAUGCACAAUACAGGGCUGUGCGGAAUGAACUCCUGUUGCCUGCAGAAGCACGAAGCACUACUUCACUAACACUGUACAGAAUUUUGUCACCUUCAUGUGUUCUCCCAUUCUCUUGUAUAUUGUAUUUAUUGUACUUUUAAUGAGCAAGCUCCUUUCAUUCCUGCCUUUAAUCAUUUU